GUUCGAUUUUCGGCCAGACUCGAGAUAGUUUUAGAGACUGGUUUGGUUCAUCGGCGGGGAAGCAAUUGCUCCGAAAGUGCGACAAGAUACACUAAAGGUGUGUCUGACGAUCUGUAGCAAUCUCGCCCUAUCUCAGGGUGGCGGAACCGUUCCUAGAUAUCUCCUGGCAGAUGCGUAUGACGCCCACACAACCAACCCGGAGCUCGGGCACAAGUAUCAACAUGGCACCUCAUCCAUUCCGCACACUCAAUCUCGAGGAAACCCGCAUAGCAAAGCAAGUCAUUCUAGCUUCUCAUCCAGAUGUCGUCGUCGACUUCCGCGAGAUCUUCUUGCAAGAGCCGGCCAAAGAGCUCAUGAAAGAGUACCUUGCUCUUGAGCACUCAUCAACACCUGGACAAUCGCCCACCUCGAAAAGACCACCUCGUCUCGCAAAGUGCCAGUAUGAUGUCAUUGGAUCAGACAAGAUUCCUGAGUACCAUGAGUCUAUCGUCGAUGUUGAAACCAGUACGCAGGUCAAGCACGAAGUCAUUGGCAAAGACACUCAGGCGUCAUUGACAAUGUGGGAGUUUGAUACUCUCAUCGAGGCGUGCCAGAGAUCAGAAGAAUUUCAGAAAGCCAUCUCUGAGUUCAAAUUCCCAGAUGGGUUCGAGCUCGUGAUCGAGCCCUGGCCAUAUGGCGGUCUUGAUCUUGGUUCUGAGAACCGCCGCUAUUUCCAAGGUCUCUGCUUCGCCCAGGAUACCCGCAACAAGAACGCAGAUUCCAAUUUCUACGCCUACCCCCUACCCUUGAUUCCCGUGCUGGACGCCCACAAGAAGGAGAUCGUCCGUAUCGACCGUCUCGCCACAGGCGGAAAAGGCGACUCGCUGACCGGACAGACACACUCCGAGCGCGUGCUAGAUCACUGCCAGUCUGCAGAAUACGUGCCAGAACUUCUUCCGGGCGGAACCAGGAAGGAUAUGAAGCCAAUCAACAUCACACAGCCAGAAGGAACCUCGUUUACAGUGACAGACGAAUCAUUAGUCGAGUGGCAAAAAUGGCGAUUCCGAGUAUCGUUCAACCCCAGGGAAGGCGCAGUCCUGCAUGAUGUCCACUACGAUGGACGAAGCGUGCUGUACCGCCUCAGUAUAAGCGAGAUGACCGUUCCAUACGGUGACCCGCGACCGCCGUUCCAUCGAAAGCAGGCUUUCGAUUUUGGCGAUGGUGGUGCUGGAAACUGCGCAAAUAACCUGUCCUUGGGAUGUGAUUGCCUGGGAGUGAUUAAAUACUUCGACGGAGUUGUCGUUGGAUCCAACGGUGAACCAAAAGUGCAUCCCAACGUAAUCUGUCUCCACGAACAAGACAAUGGAAUUGGCUGGAAGCACACGAACUGGCGCACAGGCCGGGCAGUCGUGACCCGCAUGCGCGAACUCGUCAUCCAAUUCAUCAUCACGCUCGCAAACUACGAGUACGUCUUCUCAUACCACCUCGACACCGCAGGCGGCAUCACCCUCGAGGUCCGCGCGACCGGUAUCGUCUCCGUCGUCAACAUCGACCCAGGCAAGACCUCCGAGUACGGAAACGUAGUCUCAGGUGGCGUGUUGGCACAAAACCACCAGCACAUCUUCGCAGCCCGUAUCGACCCCGCGAUCGACGGACACAAGAACACAGUCCUGCACGAAGAGUCACAUACCGCACCCUGGGACCCGGCGACGAACCCGAACGGCAAUUUCUACGAGAUCCGCAAGACGGUCGUCGAGCGGUCUGCUGGGCUCGAUGCCGCGCCGGAGCAUAACCGCGUGUUCAAGAUUAUCAACCCUUCGAAGCUCAACCCGUUGUCUGGAAAUCCGGUGGGGUAUAAGUUCAUGCCUCCGCCAACGCAGAAGCUGUUGGCAUCGAAGGGGAGUUUGCAGGCGAAUAGGGCACUGUUCACUGAACAUCAUGUGUGGGUCACGAAGUAUAGAGAUGACGAGUUGUAUGCUGCGGGCAGGUUCACGCUGCAGAGUCAGCAUGAGCGUGGUGGAGUCUAUGAUAUGGCGAAGAGGAAUGAUGCGGUUGUGGAUGAGGAUCUCGUCGUUUGGAGCGUGUUUGGGUUGACACAUAACCCGAGGGUGGAAGAUUGGCCCGUCAUGCCGUGCGACAUAUUCCAGGUUCACUUCAAGCCAAGUGAUUUCUUCACAGCGAAUCCGGCCAUUGAUGUGCCGUCAACAAAGAACAACGCUUCAGUGUUAGCAGGGAAGGAGUGCUGUGUGGAAAAACUAUAGCGAGCCAAGAUAUUACAUUGUGAAAUCAAGAUCGAGCCACUGUUGAGACAAUUAUGUAUAUUCACUAUAUAAAAACCUGUAUGAUCCUGCGACACCUCCCACUUCUUAGCAAAGCAGUGCUGAAGCUAGGGUACCUCGCAAACGAUCCGCGCAUACUGUGGUCCGAAGACGCUGAAGAGAUUCGAUGCUGGCCCUGCUUGACCAGAGGUGGCUUCCGGCCUGAAAGAACACGUACCGUAUGCAACGGUGCGAGCCCACAUGUCCCCGUUACAGGCGGGGCAAGCACCUACACCUACUUGGCUCUCAACAGCUCCACACUGCUCUAAGAUGGACACAGAUAUGCGUGAUGGCUAUCUUGGCUUACUGUCCG